CUGUCAAAACGUCAUUGCGUGUUGAAAUAUGCACUGUUUAUGUAUCACGGACGCAAUAAUAAGAAGAAAAUUCAUUGGUUAUAAGUUGAAUGAGAAAAAAAAUUGAAUUUUUUUUUUACAUACAAUAGUGACUAAUCACUUGAGUUCAGCAUGUCGACUGCGGACGAUUCAUUGCCCACGGAAUUUGAUUUAAUAGUCAUUGGUACAGGUUUGACGGAGUCAAUAUUGUCAGCGGCCGCCAGUCGAAUUGGAAAAACAGUCUUACAUUUGGAUUCAAAUGAUUACUAUGGUGGUUUGUGGGCCUCAUUUAAUUUAGAAAGCAUUGAAACAUUAGCGAAAAACAAUAAAUGUGUUCAUUGCAAUCCAAAUGUAAAUGUGAACAAUGGAAUAAUUACGUUAGAUCCAAAUGUGAAUUUUAUUAUUGAAAAUGCUGAACUCGAGUGGCGAAUACCAUCGAAUAUACUUGAAAUUGGUAAUAAAACGGACGAUGAGAAAAUUGACGAGCAAACCGAAGAACAUAACGAUGAACUGGAAAAUACUUGGACGAGAGAUCGUGUGAUGCAUGAUUUUCGCAAAUUUAACAUCGAUUUAACUCCAAAGCUGCUGUUUGCUCGUGGUGAUUUGGUUGAGUUGCUGAUUUCAUCGAAUAUAUCACGUUAUGCGGAAUUCAGAGCCAUUGAUCGGAUCAUUACCUGUGUUAACAAUGAAAUGAAAGUGGUGCCUUGUUCGCGUGCCGAUGUAUUCACGAACAAAGAUGUGACCGUGCUCGAGAAACGUCUUCUUAUGAAGGUUCUAUCGAGCUGCGUAAGCGUCGAAAAUGAAGAAGAAUUCAAAGAUUUUGAGGAUAAAACUUUCCGCAGUUAUUUGGAGCAUAAACGACUUACUCAAAAUUUGAUUCAUUAUAUACUCUAUUCGAUUGGGAUGUGUGACGAUCAAACACUCUGUCCGGAUGGUGUGAAACGAGUUAAAAAAUUCUUGCAAAGUUUGGGUCGUUACGGUAAUUCACCGUUUCUAUUUCCAAUGUAUGGUUGUGGUGAAAUUCCACAAUGUUUUUGUCGAUUGAGCGCUGUAUUUGGUGGAAUUUAUUGCCUAAAAAGACCAAUUACUGAGAUUCAAUUGAAUGAAUCUUUGGACGAAUUCAAUGCAAUUAAAUGUAACGAACAAACGAUAAAAGCCAAAUCAAUAGUCAUAUCUGGAACGGAAAUUAAUCAUUUCGCACAUAUUUUACCUAAAACAAUGGAAACAUCCACCACAAAUCCGCAUCAAUGCGGUAAAUUAUCGCGUGCAAUAUUCAUAGUAACUAGACCAUUAUGCGAACAACCGGGCAGCACUGGUGGUGGCGUUGAAUUCUUGAAAUUACCACCAAUCGGUGAUGAAUUUCCUGUCAAUGCCGUCAAUGGCAACGAAUCGACCGGAGCGUUUGUAAUUCAAUUGACACACUGGAGUGGAACCGUUCCAAAAGAUUUGUAUCUAGUUCAUGUUGUGUGUCGUGCUCGAAGUGAUUCACCGAAAUCGGACAUUGAACCGUAUGAACGGUUACUGUUUAACGAAGAUGAGGCACACGAAGUUUUAUGGUCAAUGUAUUUUAAUAUUCCAUCAUGUGUACAAUGCGUUGAUACAGUCAAAAUGCCUUCGAAUUGCUAUGUUGCAUGUGGACCAUUCUUUGAACUUGACUAUGAUGAGUCGAUUCGACAAGCAAAGAAAUUAUUCACACAAAUCUAUGAAAAUGAAGAAUUUCUACCGCGUGCCCCGGAUCCAGAAGAGAUUGUUAUUGAAGGCGACAAUCCAACGGAUCCACUACCAUCUAUGGUAGCCGAACUUAAUUUGGAAUUACCAAAUACACAACUGAAUCAAUCUAAUCAGCAUCAAUUUGAAGAAGAAUUGAAUACAACAGUUUCAAAUGUACAAAAUCAACCUGAACCAAGCACACAGUAAAGUAUUCACGUCAAAAAUAAAGAAAAGAAUUAAUUCAAAUCUAUUUACAAAUGUAUAGUAAAUAAACAAAUAAAAUGUGUAUUAAUUCAAAAAGCAA